UGGCCUGCAGAGGCCGAACCUCGCGAGAUUUGCUGGCCGGGUCAAAUCCCCGCCCACCCGCCUCGCGACCGCGGGCGCAUGCGCAGCUCUUCAACGGCGAGGCUUGCGGGAAAGAUGGAGUGUCCUACACCUAGUGCUACGGAGGCUGCGGACCCUGGAGGGGCCGGACCGUACAACAGCUCCGAGGAGCAGGAGGGUCGGGAACCGGACGGAGUGCGCUUCGACCGCGAGAGGGCGCGCCGCCUGUUGGAAGCUGUGUCCGGGGCGCAGCCGGCGGGGAGGGAGGAAGUGGAGCACAUGAUCCAGAAGAACCAGUGUCUCUUCACCAGCACCCAGUGUAAAGUCUGCUGCGCCAUGCUGAUUUCUGAGUCCCAGAAGCUGGCACAUUACCAGAGCAAAAAACAUGCCAACAAAGUGAAGAGAUACCUAGCGAUCCAUGGAGUGGAGACACUAAAGGGGGACGUCAAGAGGCUAGACUCAGAUCAGAAGAGCAGCAGAAGCAAAGACAAGAACCACUGCUGCCCCAUCUGUAACAUGACCUUUUCCUCCCCUGUUGUGGCACAGUCGCACUACCUGGGGAAGACCCACGCAAAGAACUUAAAGCUGAAGCAGCAGUCCACUAAGGGGGCAGCUCUGUCGAAACACCUUACAAAUCCUUUCCUUGUGGCCUCCACCUUAGCCUUGCACCAGAAUAGAGAGAUGCUAGACCCAGACAAGUUCUGCAGCCUCUGCCAUUCAACUUUCAACGACCCUGCCAUGGCUCAACAACAUUAUAUGGGCAAGAGACACAGGAAGCAGGAGACUAAGCUCAAACUCAUGGCGCACUACGGGCGGCUGGCGGACCCUGCUGUCUCUGACUUCCCAGCUGGGAAAGGCUACCCCUGCAAGACGUGUAAGAUAGUGCUGAACUCCAUAGAACAGUACCAAGCUCACGUCAGUGGCUUCAAACACAAGAACCAGUCACCCAGAACAGUGGUGUCACCCGUGAGCCGGAUGCCAGUGCAAACGCAGCCCACUCCAAAGGACUCAAGUGUGGUGGGAGACUAGAGAAGAUGUUUCUGCCUGCUUAGCCUUGUUGGGACAGCCACAAGCCAGUUCCCGGUGACUGUGGUUAGCCCUUGGCUCCCUCUUCCUCCUUUCUAAUAGCAGAAGAAUAUGGAGGCAUGAGGCCAAAUUGGGCUGCAGACAGCCUCUGACUGGGCCAGGACAAAGCGUCUCCUGUCCUCCUCUUUAGUGUGGUCCUACAGGUCAUGGGAGAGGAGACGGGGCUCUUGAGAAGACCUGAGGUGGUGGUUUAAAGGUUAGCCUUCCUGGCCCCUCUGGGCGUAUGUCCUGCAGUCCCAGUGUCUGUCCUCUCAAGGUCAGUCUGGAACAAGUUCCUGCAGAUGAAGGAGAGCACCAUCUCUGGGCUCCAGGAGUGCCUGGGAAAUGGCCACUUUCCUGAAGACUUUGCAGGGCAGCUGAUACAGUAGACUGGAGUGGAGCUAAUGUGUCACUCCCCCCUCAGAUGUGCAGACUUGCCUGGUGUAGACCCUGCCGACUGUGAAGUCUCCUGGAACACACACACACACACACACACACACACACACACACACACACACACACACACGUCCUGACGGCACUGCCAUCUCUGCUGCCAUCUCUCCAGUUCCCAAAUGGUGCUAGUGGGCAUCUGUAGUAGCUAGGAGCUUGAGGAGACCUGAGUGCCCAGUGGGAUCAUGGGAAGCACCAAAGGAGGCCUUUGUCCUUUAUCAGAGAUGCUCUGACCCAGGGUUAUGUGAGAGAGUCUCCCACCUGCUAUGUUCCUGGAUAAUUCUGU